GGUCGUCGGAGCAGGAUGGAGGAGCCGGAGCCGAAGUCGGCGCAGCGCGCGAGGAAGGAGCGGGCCGAGGCCGAGGGGAGCUCGCGACGGCCGCGAUGCGUGUGCGGGCCGAGCGCCGGCGCGCCGGCUGCGUUUCAUCUGGUCUGGUCGGAGCUGAGGUCCCGGGGGCAGCUCUGCGACGGCCAGCUGGUGAGCUGCGACCAGCGCGAGUUCCCCGUGCACCGAGUCGUCCUCUCGGCCGCCAGCCCCUACUUCCGCGCGCUCUUCACCAACGAGCUCAGUCCGAGCACGUCGCGCUCGAGGCUCGACGCCCCCGGCCACGCUCUCGGCCUCGUGCUCGACUACGUCUACACCGGCAGCUGCCGCGUCACGGCCGACAACGUGCAGCAGCUGCUGCCGCUCGCCGACCGCCUGGAGGUGCUCGGGGUCGUGCAGCUGUGCUGUCGGUUCCUGCUCGACCAGCUGAGGCCCGACAACUGCCUGGGUAUCUGCAAGUUCGCCAGGCACUACUUCUGCCGCGACCUCGAGGAGAGGGGCCGCAAGUACGUGCGCCGCCACUUCCGCGAGAUUCUGGAGGAGAGCGCCGAGUUGGUGGAGCUAGAGUGCGACGAGCUGGAGGCGAUCCUGCGCGACGACGAGCUGAACGCGCGCACGGAGGAGCUGGUGUUCGAGGCCGUGCGGGCGUGGACCGAGUGGCGCCCGAGCGAGCGCGCGGCGCAGCUGCCGCGGCUGCUCGGCUGUCCGCGCUACGGGCUGAUGAGCUCGCGCUUCUUCCGGGAGCGCGUGCACGGCUGGAGCGUCGAGCGCAACCCAGGCUGCAGGGACGUGCUGGCGCCGGUCUCGGCGUACCUCAAGGCCCGCCACUGGAAGAGCGGCUCGGUCGACCGGAUGACGCGGCCGCGCGUGCCGCACGAGAUCCUCUUCGCCGUGGGCGGCUGGACUUCGGGCUCGCCCGUCAACUUCGUCGAGACCUACGACGGCAGGGCCAAUCGCUGGUUCCUGUGCUCCCACGUGGACGCCCGGCCCAGGGCGUACCACGGGAUGUGCGCCUUGAACGGUCUGAUCUACGUCGUCGGCGGCUACGAGGCGAGGAAGGAGCGAGCCAUCGUGCGCUGCUUCGACCCCUCGACGAAGCAGUGGACGGAGAAGGCUUGCAUGUACCAAGCCAGGUGUUACGUGAGCGUCUGCGCCACGGGUGGCAAAAUCUACGCGCUGGGAGGCAAGGGCGGACUGACGCGGCUGUCGUCGUGCGAGCGCUACGAGCCGGCGGCUAACCAGUGGGAGAUGAUUGCACCGAUGAACUGGCCGCGAUCGGACGCCAGCUGCGCGACGCUCGACGGCAAGGUCUACGUGGCCGGCGGCUACGACGGUCUGUUCAUCUUGAGGUCGGCCGAGGUCUACGACCCCGCGACCGACCAGUGGACCUACCUGGCGCCGAUGCGCGUGCCCAGAGCCGGCGUGUCGCUGGUGGCCUUCAGAGGAUGCCUCUACGUCGUCGGAGGCUUCGACGGCCGGCUACGCUUGAGCUCAGGUGAGAACUACGAGCCGGGGCAGCCCGACGCCUGGCAGCCGGUGCCGGACAUGUACGUGCCUCGCAGCAACUUCGCCAGCGUCGUUCUCGACGAGCUGAUUUUCGUCAUCGGCGGAUACGAUGGUUGGCUGCCGAUCUCGUGCGUCGAGUGCUACGACGCCGAGAGCAACCAGUGGUACGUGGCCUCGUCGAUGAACGUCUGCCGAAGCGCCCUCGGCGUCUGCGUGAUCGCCGGCCUGGACAACGCGCGAGACUACAGUUAUCACAAGCAGACCCCGGCGCCGAGACUCGUCAAGCAGUACAGGCAGAAGCCCCGGAGAGUCAGCGCGACGGCGGUCAUCGCCAGAUGACCGCUGCCGAGCCGCCGCUUGUUGAGACUUUCACGAGAGAUGGAUCCGAGACGACCGAGACUCACGGCGCCACCAGUUGUUUUACAUUUUAACCAUUGAUUUUUGAUUUUUGUCGUUGGCUUCGCCUCUCGAAUCCGCGCUGUCGGCUAUUUUAACCCCGCCUUCUCUUUCUAGCUUGCCUUUUCGCGCGAUUAUUUAUUUUUUCGACCUGGCUUUUUCUGUCGAGAGAGAUCGAUAGAACCGAACACUCGUGACAAUCGAUCGUCUCGGCUCGAUGUCACUUGCCAUUGCUGUACAAUAAUUUUCAUUCGACAGUUUGUAUUUCACGAUUUUUAAGCCCUAACGAAUUCUUUUUGACAAUGCCGGCAGAUCGAUUGCCUUAAACUCGUUAGAUUUAGAUAUACUUUACUUCAAAACACAAAUUCUUUCUCUAAACGCGGUGUCCUCAUACAUAUAUUUACAAUAAAUGCAAUACUACGAAUUGACUAUUUGUCAGCAUUUCCGACAUUUAUUAUUUAUUAAGUAAGCUUGAGCAUUCGGUAAGCUCGGCACUUUUUCUACUGGACGGAAAACGAUAAGACCGAAAAUGUAUACACGGCAAAACCUUAAAAUCCUAUGUGCUUAAAUUUAAACGUUUUAAGCGUGUAAUUGUGACGUCACCCAUAAGAAAUACA